AUGAUACCAUUAAAAAGAAUGUAUCUGUCAGUAGCAUUCAGCUAUUUCGAUUUGCUGAUCGUUUGGAUCUUUUUCUUAUGUUUAUCGCCAUAUGUUUCAUGUCGUGUAUCUGGACUUUUCGCUGUUGGUUCAUUUACUGCUCAUUGUUACGAACAUGAACAGCAGCACUAUUUCAAUAGUUCAAUGGCACCUCAAUCGAACUUGUCCAACUCUUAUCAAUCAAAAAGUGUAAAUCAUACAACAACAUUAUAUUCACAAACGGUUCUAUUUCGAGCAAAAGUUAUGCCUAUAAUUCGUUGGUUAUGCAUUAUUGGUGUUGUUAUAUGCGUAUGUAGUUUGAUGGAAUAUUUCGUCUGGUCGAUAACCAUCAAACGACAAACAUCGCGAAUGAACGUUUUGCUGUUUCGAGCACUCUUACAGCGGAAUAUGGCAUAUUUAGAUACGAAUCCAAUAAGUCAUUUUAAUACUAAAUUCUUUCUUCAUAUUGAAAAGAUUGAAAAAGGCAUUGGCUUCGAUUUCCUGAUCUUUUCUGGAGUAGUUAUGUGUAUAUUCGGUAGUUUAGUUGUAUCUUUUAUUACUAAUUGGAAACUGUCCUUGAUUAUACUUUGUGUAAUACCUAUUUGUAUCGGUAGUUCAUUACUAUUCGCUAAGUUUACCGCUAACGAAACGUCGAAUGAAUUGAAAACAUAUUCAAGAGCUGGACAUAUUGUUCAAGAAGUGUUUAGCUCAUUGAAAACUGUUCAUGCACUUAAUGGAAGCAAAUUCGAGCAAAAUCGAUAUGAAAAAGAAUUGAAGCCAACUCGUUGGAGUAAUAUUCGUAAAGGUGCUAUAUUUGGUAUCUACAAUGGCUGGUUAUCAUUUAUCUCGUACUUGGUUUAUUCAGUUGGUUUUAUCUUUGGUGUCAUACUGAUGUCUGAUGUAAAUCAAUCGUCACUGAGCCUUACCGAUGUACUUGUUAUUGUGACUGUAUCGGCGCAAUGUGUGAAAUAUUUCAGUUUAAUCGGACCUUUCUUUCAAGCUUUCUCGGAAGCUCAAAGUGCAGCAGCAUCUAUUUUUCCAAUUAUUGACGACAUGCAAAAUGUAGGGAUAAACGAAGUAGACGUGUUCACAGAAGCUACAUCAAAUGAAGAAUCAGACGUCGAUGUUCUUGGCGAUAUUGAAUUUAGCAAUGUCAGUUUUGUUUAUCCAUCACGAAAGAAUACUUUAGCUUUAAGCAAUCUUAAUCUUUGUGCUCGAGCAAAUCAGACAACUGCUUUGGUUGGUCUGAGUGGAUGUGGGAAAAGUACUUGUAUAUCACUUCUGCUUCGACUUUAUGAUCCAUCAGCAGGUCGAAUUACAAUUGAUGGUCGAUCUCUAGCAGACUAUCAUGUUAAACAGCUUCGACAACAUAUUGGAGUUGUCAGUCAAGAACCUAUUUUAUUUGGCAUGAGUAUCUAUGAAAAUAUUCGUCUUGGAAAAUUGAAUGCUACGCGUGCUGAAAUCGAAACGGCUGCAAAAGAAGCAAAUACACACGAGUUUAUCAUGCAACUACCAAACAAAUAUGCUACACUUGUUGGUGAACGCGGUAUCCAAUUGAGUGGAGGCGAAAAACAACGAGUUGCACUAGCACGUGCUCUUGUUAAGCAGCCGAAGAUUCUUUUAUUGGAUGAAGCAACAAGCGCACUGGAUAAUAUCAACGAAAAAAUCGUUCAAGAAGCGCUCGAUCGCGCAUGCAAAAAUCGUACAACGAUUGUUAUUGCACAUCGUUUGUCAACAAUUCAGAAUGCUGAUCAAAUCUACGUGUUAGACAAAGGUUGUGUGGUUGAAGAAGGUACUCAUAGAACAUUGAUGAAAAACGAAGGCGGGACAUAUCAGCAAAUGGUCAAUGCUCAACAGACCGGAAAAAUGCCCGACAAUGACCUAUCAAGCGUAGUAGCAGAUAUAACGCAAAGCGAUAAACAAGACCUAUGCGGACGAUUUCCUUUGAGUACGAAUAGUACAGUCAAGACGGACAAGAAAACAACAUCAGAGAAUUCACAAUCGAUCUUUCGAAGGCUUUUGAUGAUGAACAGUCCAGAAUGGAUAAGUAUCCUGAUUGGAUGCAUUGCGUGUAUAAUUAACGGAUUAAGUCAGCCGCUCUUCGCAAUUCUUCUAGCUGAAAUCACUAGUAAAUUCGACGAUUGUAAUCAGGCGAAUGUAUUUCGAAAAGUAUUGUUCGCUAGUUUCCUCUUCUUCUUGUUGGGUAUUUUAGUAUUGAUAAUGCGUUUCAUUCAAUAUGGAUCAUUUGCAAUCGCAGGGUCGAAACUGACUCAACGAAUUCGUUCAAAAGCAUUUGCAUGUCUUCUUCGUCAAGAAGUUGCUUACUUUGAUCAGCCACAAAAUAGUUCAGGUGCAAUAUGCAUCCGUCUUGCUUCUAAUGCGGCUGCUUUACAGGAUAUGGCUGGAACAAGGCUAGGUUUCAUUUGUGAAGCUAUCGCAUUAUCUUGUUUUGGUCUUCUGUUUGGUUUACUUUAUAACUUUGAAUUAACCAUUAUUGUUGCCGCACCCUUUUUCUUUCUGAUGAGCGUGGGUUUUCUGGAUGUACGAUUGAGAAAGUGGUGGAAAAAACGAGCGGAUGUUUUCCUUGCACAAGCGAAUGCGCUUGUGGUCGAAGCUAUUCAUAAUAUGCGUACAGUAAAGCCAUUAUCGAUCGAAAAAGAACUCUUACGGCAGUAUUCUGAUUUGAUUUAUGGUGUAUCAAGAACAUUUUGGAUACGUGAGUUUGCAAGUUCAAUCAUGUCAAGUGUUAUAUGGGCGUUAGAUUCCUUCAUUAUGGCUUUACUAUACUGGCGGGCACUUGUGCUCGUUGAAAAUCAUGAAUUACCGACAAGAUCUCUGAUCAUGGUCUUCGCUUUUGCAAUGUUCGCCUUACAAGCAUUGCGAGUGGUUGGAAUGCUAUCACGAAGAAUUAGCGCAUCAAUAUCUGCUGCUGAAGUAUUUUUCGAUUUAUUUGAUCGCAAACCACUCAUAGACAAUACGUCGGACACCGGACAUGAACUAGUUAACUUUCGUGGUGAGAUCACAUUUGAUCGUGUUCACUUUGUAUAUCCAGCUCGGCCGACGACUGUCGUUCUUAAUAAACUUCAAUUGGACAUCAAAUCUGGUCAACGUAUCGCUAUUGUUGGCGCAUCUGGAUGUGGAAAAUCAACAAUCAUUCAAUUACUAGAACGCUUCUAUGAUGUUACACACGGCCAAUUAUUUUUCGAUGGAGUCGAUAUUCAACAAUUGAAUCUUCAAUGGCUUCGCUCUCGUCUUGGUCUUGUCAGUCAAGAACCGAUCUUAUUCGAUUUGUCUAUCGCUGAAAAUAUUACGUAUGGGUUAGAAAAUAUUCCUAUGUCGGCGAUCAUUGAUGCAGCGAAAAAAGCGAAUAUUCAUGAUUUUAUUCAAGAAUUACCAAAGGGUUAUGAAACAAAAGUCGGCAUGAAAGGCACUUUUCUGUCGGGUGGUGAAAAGCAGCGUAUUGCUAUCGCUCGAGUUCUUCUCCGCCGUCCGAAAAUUUUAUUACUCGACGAAACUACGAGUGCCAUGGAUUCUUUGAACGAACAAAUUGUACAGCAAGCUCUCGAUCAAGCUCAAGUCGAAGAUUCCACUCGAACAUCUAUCAUCAUUGCUCAUCGUCUGUCUACGAUUCGUUCAUGUGACCGAAUUUACGUGUUGGACAAAGGCCAUGUAGUAGAAAGUGGUACACAUACAGAACUAAUACAAAACCGUGGAGUCUAUUAUAAUAUGCUCUCUGUACAAAAUAAUUCCUAG